AUGAGUGAGAUAGAAAAAGAGAGCGAACUGAGCCGAUCGCAGUUACCAACAAGAACCAGUAUUCUCCCAACUACUCGUUAUACUCGCCCACCAAUUAAAUAUGUACUGGAUGUUACAAUUGCAUAUCCGAACGGAAUCCCUCUUACUUUGGCGACUUUUGGAUUUGGAACACGCGAAAAAUGCGAUAUUGCGGUCAACUAUAAAAUUUAUGACGCGACUGAGGUACCAUUCGAAGAUGACGAUAAGCUAAGAGAUUGGAUGUACCAAGUUUAUAAAGAGAAAGACGAGAUGCUCGCCCGUUAUUACGAAACUGGAGAGUUUAACCCCGGCGAGAAAGGAACCCGCAUCGCAUUUUCAUGGGCAAAAAUCAUCGGAAUGUAUGCAUUCUGGUUCGGCUCAUUCUACGUACAGUAUAAUGUGUAUUCUUAUCUUCUCAAACAAUUGUACCAUUUUCUCAUCUACCCAUUCUCUUAA